AUGCGCCUGGAGGCAACGCUGGACCUGGCUGAGCGGCGCCGCAUCCGCUCGGCCAUCAGGGAGCUGCAGCGGCAGGAGCUGGAGCGGGACGAGGAGGCGCUGGCAUCCAAGCGCUUCCGCCCAGAGCGUGGCAGCCACCGGCAGGACAACAAGGAGAACUGGCCGCGGUCCCAGCGCCUGGAGGAGGAGCAGCAGACAGCUCUGGCCACCUUGUCCCGGCAGCUCGAAGCCAUCACUGACGUGGAGGAGCUGACAAAACUGCUGCGGGCAGCGGGUGAGUACGAGGAGCGCAAGCUGAUCCGAGCUGCUAUCCGCAAACUGCGGGCUGAGGAGAUCGAAGCAGCAACCCUGGCUGGGAAUACGCAGAGCAGCCGGAGGGACAGCAGUGAGCCCCCCGCUGCCCAUGAGCGAGAUGACACGGUGGAGCAGGAGCGUGUCCCAGCUGGGAUGCAGGAGCUAUGCAGCCAGCAGGCAGGAGACCCCCAGAAACCCAGUGCCCAGGCCGUAGUCUCGGGGACCCUCGUGCUCCUGGAGCCGCAGCCGGCCCCAGAGCCCAGUCCAGAGCCCGAAGAUGGUAGCAAGGAGCCGGAGCGGGACCAGCCAUGUUCCCUGGGUGCUUCCCAGCCCAAGGGGCAGCACCAGGCAGCCUGGAAGGAAGAGAGCCUGGGCAGCCCUGCCACCACCCAGGAGCCCGGUGGGAGGCAAACCUGCCAGGUGGAACAGCACCCCCUGGGGCAGCCCAGUGCUGGCAGCCGGGGCAGCCAGCUUGGUGUCAGGGUGCAUGGUCAGGUGUCAGGGCCGGCCGGGAGGCGUGGGGAGCCGCCAGCGGGCGCAGAGCAGCGUCCGGCCCCGGUCCCCGCCGGCCCCCGCCCCGGUCCCGGACCCGGCCUCGACGGCAUGAAGACCUACUUCACAAUCGAGAUCAAGGAUGGGCGCGUGCAGCCCCUCGCGCCCCGCGUCGUGGCCGCCCCCGGCAGCCAGCGUGCAGAGGUGACCGUGGGGCUGCGGAGCACCCCAAUCCGCAUCACCACCGUCCCCAGCAGCAGGAGCAGUGGAAGCAGCGGCAGCAGCAAUGUCACCAAGGCCGGGAUGGCUGAGCUGGCGGAGCUGCGGCAGGAGUUGGGGGCUUUCCGGGGAGCAGUGGAGGGGCAGCUGGAGCAGGCGCUGCAGCAGGUGCACCCCCUGGCACGGGCGCUGCGGGCGUUGGAGGAGGAGCACCUGGAGCUGCGGGCUGAGCUGGCACGCCUGGGCCGCCGCCUCGACCUGCUGGCACUGCGGCUGGGGCCACAGGAGCCCCCCGGGGAGGACCUCAGCACCCUCUUUCUGGAAGCACAGGACCCUUGCGCCCACUUUGAGGGCACUGAGGAGCCCAGCGGCCCUGUGGCCCAUCCGCCCGCUUUCUCCAGCACGCGCCAGCAAUCGGCCAUACAUCUCUCCCGGAGCAACAGUGGUAUGGAGCCGGAGGUGGUGGAGCAGCCCCAGGCGCCACGGCUGGAGCCGGAGCUGCCCAACGGCAUGGAGAAGGUCCAAGUGAGGGAGCUAGAGAGAAGGAGCAAGCUGAACAUCGAGGAACUGAACAGGAUCGAGGAUGAGGAUGUUCUGGAUAAGAUGCUGGAUCGGACGACGGACUUUGAGGAGCGGCGACUGAUCCGAAACGCCAUGCGGGAGCUGCGCCAGCGCAAGCGAGACCAGCGGGAGAGAGAGCGGGACCAGCGGCUGCAGGACACAAGGAGCCAAGCUACGGCAGGGAGGGCCGGCCACGCCACGGAGACCACCACCACGCAGAGCACCCAGUCAGCCGAUGGCUCAGCACGCAGCACCGUCACCAAGACCGAGCGUCUCGUCCAGUCUAGUGAUGGCAGCAAGACCUCCUGUACCACAACCAUGGAGUCGAGUUACAUGAAGAGAUCGGACAAUGGGAACAGUACAUUCGUUCAAACCAAAUCAUCCUACAGCUCCUCUUCCAAGAAGAUGGGCAGCAUCUUCGACCGUGAAGAUGAGAGUGCCUCCAGGCAGAGCAGCCUGGCCGCGCUGGAGCGGCGCCAGGCUGAGAAGAAGAAGGAGCUGAUGAAAGCUCAGAGCCUGCCCAAGACAUCGGCCUCGCAGGCUCGCAAGGCCAUGAUGGAGAAGCUGCAGAAGGAGGGAGGGAGCUCACCUAACCCCGUGGCGACACGCACUGCCGUUCAGCGCUCCUCCAGCUUCGGCGUGCCCAAUGCCAACAGCGUCAAGCAGAUGUUGCUGGACUGGUGUAGAGCCAAGACCCGGGGCUACGAGCACGUGGACAUCCAGAACUUCUCGUCCAGCUGGAGUGAUGGCAUGGCCUUCUGUGCCUUGGUCCACAACUUCUUCCCCGAGGCGUUUGACUACAGCCAGCUGACGCCCCAGAACCGCCGCCACAACUUCGAGGUGGCCUUCUCCUCCGCAGAGACGCUGGUGGACUGCGUGCCCCUGGUGGAGGUGGAAGACAUGAUGAUCAUGGGGAAGAAGCCGGACUCCAAGUGCGUCUUCACCUAUGUCCAGUCCCUCUACAACCACCUGCGUCGCCACGAGUUGCGCAUGCGGCAGAAAGAGUGCUAG